UCACGUGACUGCUGUCUUGUGACAGAGCUGAUAACAGGGCGACGCGUUUUAUAAAGAGUUCUACAGAGUUUUCGUCUCAAACUACUGGCCGUUUCUUCUCAGGCGUAGCAGGGCUUAUUUCCAACUCGAUAUGGCGUCUUUUUAGAGUGUAAACGUUUCUUAUCUGCCAUUCCUUUCCUCGAGUGUGUGAUUUGAGGGCGCUUUCAGCAGCGUGGAUCACUCUGGGACAAAGUUGGCGCAUGGAGGAGGAGGAGGCGGGGAAGUCGAGUUACAGUUCCCUUCGUCGUGCUUUUGCGUUUGUUUUGGUCGCUGAGAGUCGUGUGACAUUUGACCAAAGGAAAAGGAGAAAUUAUCUGUGAAAUUUUGGUAAACGCGUGACUAUAUACACACACCAUUUUUUUCCCCCUAAAAAAAAAAAAAGAGUACAUCUCAUUCCGUCGGAUAUGGAUAAUAAGCCUCUUCUUCAGGACAGACCCCCGGCGUACAACAGCGUCCCCGGGGCGUAUAAUUACCAGCAGCCGCAGCCGGGCUACGGAGCGAUCCCACAGUCCGCUCCCGCACCUGCAGCCUUCCCAUCACCGCCUCCGCCGUACCCCUCACCCGCGGCACAAGGUUACCCAGCCGCUCCUGCCCACGCUGCUGCGGCAAACUGUCCGAGCUCAUACACUAUCAUUCAGCCCUCAGUGGUGGUAGUAGGAGGAUGUCCAGCCUGCAGGGUGGGGGUGCUGGAGGAGGACUUCACCUGUUUGGGGAUCCUGUGUGCCAUUGUCUUCUUCCCCCUGGGCAUUCUCUUCUGUCUGGCCCUGCGGCAGAGGAGGUGUCCCAACUGCGGAGCCACUUUUGGCUAGACGGACCAAACCACAGCCACGGCUUGCAGCCCAAUGACCAUCGCUUGGGUUCUCUCUUCUCUUUUUAAAUCCAUGAUUAUGUUUAAAAAAUGCACAAGAUGAUAGUCCAGUUUAUGAUUGCAAGUUGCCAUAUGGUUUCUCAAUUAUUUUCUUUCAAAUAUUAGCCAGUGAAAAAGCAGCUUAAAUUUUGUAUUUUGAUGUGCUUUGAAAGAUGGUUGGUUUGUGUUGGGUUUUUUUUGUGUAUAAAUCGUGUAAACCAGACGUCAUGUCAUCGACCCACUGGUGCCUUUUUUAAAAUGGCCACGAUUUAGAACUGCAGAAGAAUGGUGACCAUAAAGAGACUUGGUGAACAAUAAGACAUUAUGAUCAACAUUUGAACUCCUAAUUCUCAAUCAUGGAUGAUUUUUUUUUUUUUUAAAUUCUUUUAACAUCAAAUUCUUGUCCUGCUGAGGACUUCCUGUCUAUUUGUAUGAGAUGAGGAUCUAUGCUGUCUAGUACCUUGCUUGGGUGGUUGGGAAUUGUUACACUCUCAUCCACGUCGUUUGUUGGGGGGGGGAGAAAGAGAGAGAUGUUCUCCAUUCAACAUAGUAAAUCCCCUCUGGCUUUAUGACCAAACCACUUCCUCUCCAUAGCAAGCCUGUUUUUAGUAUGUUCAUAACCUUUAUGCCAAGCACCUUCAUUCCCUCCAGCACUGCAAAAUACACGUUGUAAACUAGUAAAUCUGAGGUGUCAAAUCUCAAUUUUUUUUUUUCAGCAUCACUUUAAUCAGAAUUUGGCUUCUGAUACAUCAUUUAGUGCAGUGCUAAUACUGUAAACCUCUAAAGAAUGUUCAUAUCAAAUGGAUACAAUAUGUUAAACUGAGACCAUACCAUUUUUCAUUUCUCUACAAAUGAAAGACAAUCAGAACAGAAUGAAUGUCCCUUUGUGUUCUCUAGUUCUUCUCCCACCCCCACCCCAUUGAUUAAAAUGUCCUUGCUGCCAUUUACUUUAUGUAAUUAAAGGUCAGGGAUAUUUGCUUUAGACCAUUGCAUGUAUAAUCAGUUCAGACUUUUUAUAUGAACAAUAUUGUAAAUAAAACUUCUAGAUAUGC